CACUUAAUAUCCGUACGGAUUUUCAACACAAUUUAUGUUUGAAAAUAUCGUAGUUUCAAUAGAAAAAUUUUCCAAAUCCACGAAUUAUGAUAUAACUUAAUUCGCCCAACGAUUAAUCUUUUUGAGUUAGCUAUUUUAUCGUAACAAUAGGUUGUUCAUAUUUUACUGUGCAUAUCAUCGAUUGAUCAUCAUGGAUACCCCCGUAGAGUUGGAACCAUUCAUCAAAAAUGGUUUAAAACUGUUACGUCGCACUAAAGAUCCAAGUUCCAUUAAAACAAUGUUAAAACAUUUGGAAGAAGUCGUACAAGAACAGUACGGUGGAAAACGACAACCAACAAAUGCUGCAAAAAAAUUAGCUGUACCUACCAUCCUUUUAUCAAAAGAAUUGGGUAUUGAACAAACGGAAAUGAUUGUUGAUGAUGAGUCUAGCAGUUCGAGUUCUUCAUCAAGUCUAUUACCAAACACGUCUAAAUCCAUUGUAGAAGUGUGUUCAUCUCCACCACCUACCAUUACAUUGGAACAGGCUAAAUCAGAUCCAGUCAUAAAUAUUGAUUCAGAUUCCGAAAUGGAAACUGAAAACAUAGAGUCUUAUUCCUGUUGUGUUUGCAAAGACAGUUUUGUAAACAUUGGAAACAGUCUGGUAGAAUGUUUGGAUUGUCAUUCUAUGUAUCACCAAAAUUGUCAUACUCCACCAAUAACAGACAUUAACUUAAAUGACCCACGAAUUGUUUGGUACUGUAGCAAUUGCAGACAGAGAGACUCACAAAAAGUAGAACGCUCAUCAGGAAAAGAAAGUAAGAAAAGCUCUUCUAAAAACACUUCUGGAACGAAAACAGAAAAAUCAUCUAGUAGUAAAAGUUCUCAUGGUGUUAAAGGAAGUCAAAACAAGUCAAAAUCAUCUUCUGCCAAUAGUAGUCCUAAACAUUACCUAACUACUCCUGUGCUGUCUGUUGUGGAAAAAAGGGUUCAAAUGAUGAAAAAGAAAGCUGCCAAAAAAUCCGAAAAAAAAAAAUAGAAACGUAACAAUUUUUGUAUUUAGAAAAAUUAAGAAAAC